AUGUGUGAUGCCAGGUACAAAAAAAUCGACACAAGACUGCAUUAUGUCUUGGAAUGUCUGGUAGAAUACGUCAACACCACAGCUCUUUUCGAUGAAGUUAUGCAACAAAUGGAUCAAAUAGAACGACAAUUGGAUCAUCUUAUUUCUGAAAACGACAAGCCCUCUAUUUAUAAAGAUAUAGAUGAUGUUUUGUUUAUACACGGAAAUGCAGCCGAUCGUGAUUGCCAUCGAAAACGUCAAAUAGUCCAAGCCAUCCGUCGAAAGCUUGAAUGGUUUAAUCUGUUUAAUGGCCAAGAGGACACACUCUUUAAAUGGCCAUGGAAUCAUGUUAAUUUAUACCCCGUACCCGAUGAUCCCAAUCAACCGAAAGAGCAUCUGAAACGCAUUCAGUUCUCCACCAAACAAGAAUCACCUUUUCAACAGUUUCGCUGCCUAGUGGCCAAAGCCGUUCGGAACGCUAGUAAUCAUUUAAGCGUUUAACCUUUGUUGGCCCAAUUGAUUGCGACAAUU